GCCUUACUUGCAAGCGCUAUCGUCCAGGAUCCCCCACUGGCCCCAGGCCCUAUGCAAGGACGUUAGGUAUGGCAAUGCACGUGCAGUGGGUGAGAGGGAUCUGGUCGAGCUCUACGCUCCAUGUGAGUUGCAGUGAGUAAAAACGAGUGUUGCUGAUUCCGUGUUGGCUGAGCAUGUCUGUGAAACACAACGCCAUGUGGUAGUGUGUGUAUGCUCAGCUGAAGUGAGUGUCUAGAGUUUGACAUUCAUCACUGGGCAAUAUACUGCAACUGGCACAAUCCAAAAGAAAGACCACAAGCAAGUCACCAUCACGGAAUCGCUACAUGGAUCAUGUAGAUGCUUCCCUUGAAGUUAGUUGAACAGCAGCAGUCUGAGUAGAAAGCGAGAUCCCCAGUGUUGUUCCCUUCAGCAACCACCGUCACCCAUAAAUACACUUACUCGUAAUCCUACCAUGGACAGGAGUCUGAGUGGCAGUUCGCCCGCGCAACAUACGUUGCGCGACGACUCGAAUGCAGGUGCAACCAGCAGCAGCAGCAGCAGGAGCAGCGGCAACAGCAGUGAGAAGAAAAGAUACCCUGUUACAGCAGAGCAGCCACACUGGCAACAACGAGGCAGAUACCAAGGAAGCAACUCGCUGCCGAGAGUCACUCCCCCUGCACCGUACUGCAGAUCUAAGUCUCUGUGUACAGGUAGUCUGCCAUCGGAACUAGCAAAAUGUCACUACUUUGCUAGAGCUAGUUCGUUGCUAGACGAGAGACAUUUGUAUCCUCCGGAGCAUUAUGAUAAUGCAAGCGAAAACAGGUCAGUACUGAUCAAGAGCUUGGCGGCUUCUGACGAGGCUUUCUCUGCUGGCUGUUCCGCCCCUGGACCUGCCAUAGCGCCAUUUUCUUCCCCGUGGGCUAGGAUGAAUCCCCCUCAAGCCGUUCCGUCUCCGAAACCUGCUGGAGAUGAUGCCCGCAAGCAAAAGAUUAGUCGAGGCGGUGCAGCUGCGAAGUCAGGCUUCAGAGAAAACCCGUUCAAUUCCGGAAGUUCAAGCGGGGAGAAGCCAGAUUUGGGACAGAACGCUGUGGUCCUCUCAUAUAGCCCAGCGACGUACGACCCAGAUUUUAGACAGAACCCCGCGGUCCUCUCAGCCACGUUCAACCAGGAGAGAACAUUUGCGGAGCAGGUGCCGACCGUGUCAGCUGAACCUGAGCAGGCUGUGGUGUCGACAAUUCAGCUACGUACUGAAAUGGGAGUGAACUCACCACCCAAGUACGAGAACUCUAUAUCAGCCUUUACGUUCGAAGCUCACCCAGCUUCAGUCAAGCUCUCAUCGCCACCAGCAAGGCCACAUAGUGGUGCUGAUCUAGCCCCAGCGCCAAAGCAGCAUCCGAACACGACCGGCUGGGGCAAAGUUUGCCCUACGAGGGAAACACCUAAUCCGCUGCUGCAGAGCAAAAACUGCAAGUCUGGACCAGGACCAUGCAGUAAGGAGGAGAGGGAAAGGAGAAUACAGCAGUUGCGUCGACUACAGUCGUUUGAGUCUGACGGGUACACGGACCCUGAACAUCAGGCGGAACUCAACGUUGUCAAUGGCGCUGGCGGCGUUGUAAUUGAACAGAUGCAACAUGAGAGGCAAUUGGUAGCAUCGAGGACCAGAAAGUUCUGGACAUGGAUUGCGUUCGGGAUAAUUGGUUUCCUGAUCAUUGGCAUUUCUGUUGGCAUUCCGCUGAUGCUCAGCAUUAUGGGCAACAAUGAUCCACGAAGAGACCGCGGGGAUAUCUAUGACGGCUUUGAUGAGUCAUUCUUCCGUUCACUGGGCGUGGAUCCAGAGCACUUUAAAUGUCCUGGAGUGGAGCAUGAGCAGGACUGUCUUAUCAUCAUUAAGUCUCUACCGUCGCCCUGGGUCCUGGCCGCACACAUCUGUAUCAGGCUUGACGGCAGAGUUCUCGUACUAGAUGAUGACUUGAGACAGGAAGAUCCCAGACUUUUGGACUCAGUCAGGGAGCUGAUCGAUAGCGAAUAUGACGAUGAUGACGAUGGUGGUGAAGAUGAGAACAGAAAUCGUUUCUGGAUAUCUCCGUUGGGCUACUACGAAGGGCAGAGGGAAGAAGACCUGGACCUCAGGCAUGGUGCCCCGCCGUUUCCAAGCCGUGACCCCAGUCGACUGUGCCGUGCUGUCACCAAGAAUGUUACCGACACAACGGUCACACUAUACACAGGUCAUGGCAUAACGGUUGAGCAGAAAAGUUGCUCCUCCUAUAUUCCAGCCAUUUGUCAAUUCCCACCACCCUUGCCAGGGGAUUUUUAGGGGAAUAACCAGGGCCUGAGGUUUCCCAUCACCCCUACUCCUGCGGUGUCAUCACUUUUCUUUGUUAUCUCCUGAAACUACCUUCGCUAUUUUGAACUCCUUCCCGAACUAUUCCCUCAGAUCAGCAUGGUUAUAACCCCUGGAGACCCUGCCAUCGAUGAUCAGCAUGGUUAUAAGCCCUGGAGACCCUGCCAUCGAUGUUGGCUGCGUCCCUGCACAUACUGUGAUGUGUGAAUCAUGUUGUGGAACGCAUGAUAGAAAUGCGGCAGUGGACCAACAGUACCGAGCGUGUAGAAUGAUGUAGUCAGUGCAUGACUGUGUAUCGCAUGAGAGUGCACCGCAUGACUGUGCACCGCAUGACUGCAUGACGUUGCUUUCCCACGUGUCGGUUUGCUUUAGGGAAGUAACCAUGGCUGUGCCACAGAACUAUCAGGCAGUUAUGCUUCGUCAAUUCAGUGUGUGAUAGAGAAAAUGUACAUACAUCUCCCACUACACCUGCAUAGGUAGACAUGCACUGUUGCCGCCAACCCAACUGCUCAGUGCACCGCGUUCACAGUCGCUGUUUACUCAUACACACCAUGGGCAGAAUCAGUGGACAAGCUUUAAAAGCCCAUGCCACAGUGUCUAAAUCUCACAACCAUAAUUAUGAUUAUCAUAAAAGUAUUACAUUUGUAUUCUAUUUUGCUGUGUAUUCAUUAUGAGCAUGAUAUGGCCAGGUGCUGUGCUUUCCAAUUCUCCAUCAAUUUCCUUUGUAGGGUCACGUCGAUGGACAUCCAUUUUGUCAUUAUCAUUUCGACAUUAGACCUUGAAUGCUAGCACCCCGCAUACAUCGUCAGCCACAUUUUCUAUCUGUCAUGAAGUGUGCUUGUGGUACCGCCCAUUGUCAGCUGCUGGUGCUGCUGCCUGUAAUGCUGUAUUAUUUAAUUAGAACCAUGAUCAUGUGACAACGAGUUUAUGACUCUAAUAUAAAGCCUAAAUCCACUGCAUCUCCACUACAUCACACGUGUUGCAAUAUUAUUCAUAAUACAUGUACUGCAUUCCAAGUAGUAUCAAGUUAAUACAUGUACUGUACCUUGUGGCACGAGCGAAACUUCUCUAAAGCUGGUUUUGUUGCUCAAUACAAUUGCAACUGAGCCGGUGGUAACGCGGAUGUGCCGCGACUUUACUAUACUUUUACUGUACGGUA